CAGACUGUGGACCAAAGUACACGUGCAUUUCUGAUUUUUAGUCAUCAGCAGAGAGGGACCUAUUGGAGAAUCGCAGCUCAUCAAUUUUGUUAAUGAUCACCCGCUCCCUUUACAUGAGGACAGUGGAACGUGAGCUCUCUCAGUAAGUGGAGCUGUGGUCUGACAGUGAGGGUGUAGCUGAAGACACAGAUUUGAUUGUUGUCUGCCUUCAGAGGACCUUACUGAAGGGCAGUCAUGCGCCUGAUAGGGUCCGCUGUGCUUUUCUCUGUCCUGCUACAGGCUAUGUCUGCUCCGACAGAGGACUGGCAGAGGGCCACGUCUAUUUAUAACUUCUCAGCGACAGAUAUUGAUGGCAAUGUGGUUUCCCUAGAAAAAUACAGGGGGAAUGUUGUCAUCAUCACAAACGUUGCCUCUAAAUGAGGUAAAACCCCAGUGAACUACUCUCAGCUUACGCAGAUGCACGCCAAGUAUGCUGAGAGAGGUUUACGUGUCCUUGCCUUCCCUUCUAACCAGUUUGGGAACCAGGAGCCCGGCAAUGAAACUCAGAUCAAGCAGUUUGCCAACUCCUACAAUGCUCAGUUUGACUUGUUCAGUAAGAUUGAAGUGAACGGGGCCAACGCUCACCCCUUGUGGAAGUGGCUGAAAGAUCAGCCUAACGGGAGAGGCUUCAUGGGGAACAGCAUCAAGUGGAAUUUCACCAAGUUUUUGAUCAACAGAGAGGGUCAGGUGGUGAAGAGAUAUGGACCCCUGGAUGAUCCAAGUGUGGUGGAGAAGGAUCUUCCUCGUUACCUGUAACAGUAACCUGCAACGCCAAAUGGGUGAUUGAUGCCUCACAAACCGAUACUCCGUCCAUUUUGCCCUUUGAUCUCCUGUCUCUGCCUCUCCAAGCACCAGUGGAUAUAGUUUGGGUCCACCCCAGAUUAGUGAUGGUCUGUUCAUAAACCCGCAUGACGGACAGAGCAGACCUGAUGAAAGUGGCGUGCAAACCUCCUGGGCGCUCCAAGCUUACAUUCAUUUGGUUCUCUGGAGAGAAGGAGAAAAAGAUCCUUAAAUGCAUCAUUAACUCUGUCAGUAUAUUAAUGUGUGGCAGUGUUUUCAUAAUAAAAUGCACUAACAUUUUGUUCUAAUGAUA